ACAUAAUGUAUCUUCGACGAGUGCUCGGUCUGCUCUUUGCUGCAGGACCCCUGAUUGCCAACGCAAUCUCAUCCGAACCUCUCUCUACGUCAGGGCGAUGGAUCGUUGACUCCGACGGCAACAAUGUUACCUACGCCGGGGUGAACUGGCCUGGUGCAGCUGAGGCCAUGUUGCCGGAAGGGCUGCAGUACCAGUCUAUCGAAUACAUCGUCAGUAAGAUCAAGAGUCUGGGCAUGAACGUCAUCCGCCUUACCUUCGCCAUUGAGAUGAUCGACGACAUUUAUGAGAACGGCGCAGAUGUCCCAAUCAAGACAUCUCUAAUCAAUGCCCUGGGAGAGACAAAUGGCACCGCUGUGUACAACGACAUCAUUAGCAAUAAUCCUCAGUUCAAUGACGAAACUACCAGAUUGCAGGUCUACGACGCUGUCGCCAGCGAAUGCUACAAACAGGGUAUUUACGUGCACCUCGACAACCACAUCUCCAAGGCCAUGUGGUGCUGCAGCACCACGGACGGCAACAGCUGGUUCGGAGACACCUACUUCAACGUAGCGAAUUGGCAUCGUGCGUGGACUUACAUGGCGACCCACGUCAAAUCCCUUCCAGCGGUCAAGAGUGUAGGCAUGCGGAACGAGCUCCGCACUCCGGCCGACAACGCGACCUUGACCAGCACCUCCUACAACUGGGAGAAUUGGUACACCAACAUGGUGGAGAACGCGAAGCAAGUGCACAGCGCCAACCCGGAUCUCCUGAUCUUCUUCUCUGGCCUCAACUUUGACGUAACCCUGUCGCCGAUCCCCACCGCGUCCGAUCUGGGGAGCGGCACCGUCUUCCUGAAGACGGACUUCGAUUUCGCGGACAAGAUCGUCCUGGAGCUGCACAACUACGACUCUUCGGCUUCGAGCUGCAGCAGUCUGUCGUCGAGCUUGCUGAGCGACGGCUUCAAUGCGUUGGAGACGGACAAUGCGAGUAUCAAGAAUGUCCUACCUGUCGUCCUGACCGAGUUCGGCUAUGCGCAGGACGAUACCACGUACACCGGGGUGUAUGCUUCCUGCCUCGCGGAGUGGAUUCCCAGCGUGCAUGCGGGUUGGAUGGUCUGGGUUCUGGCGGGUAGCUACUAUAUCCGAGAAGGAACUCAGGACUAUGACGAGACAUGGGGGCUCCUCGAUCACACCUGGUCGGACUGGCGGUCAUCUGAGGCGAUCGAGAACGGCAUCGCUCCGAUGGUGGAAGCCAGUCUGGGCUAG